AUGGCAGCCGCGCUGCUGCUGGGGCUGGCGCUGCUGGGUGUCGAGGGCCCGCCGGAGCCCCCCCGCACAGUGUCCACCUCUAUAGAGGAUGUCGGCUCCAAGACGCUCCUCACCUGCACCCUGAACCACAGCGCCGUGGGGGUCACCGGGCACCGCUGGAUGAAAGGGGACCAGGUGCUGAAGGAGGACGCGCAGCCCGGCCUGACCAUGGCGUUCGACGUGAGCCCCGAGGACCGCUGGGGAGAAUACUCCUGCCUCUUCCUCCCUGAGCCCAUGGGCAAGGCAGACAUCCCGCUGACGGGGCCUCCCAGGGUGAAGGCGGUGACGAAGUCGGACCACAUCCACGAGGGGGCGACGGCCGUGCUGGUCUGCAAGUCCGAGUCGGUGCCCCCAGUCACAGACUGGGUCUGGUACAAGCUGGUUUCCUCGGGGAGCCCGGUCGUCGUGAAUGGCUCGCAGGACAAGUUCUUCGUGAGCUCCUCGGCGGGGCGGUGGGAGCUGCGCAUCCAGGGCCUGGACCUGAAGGCGGACGCCGGGCAGUAAGUGUGCGACGGCACCAGCCCCGAGGGCAGCGCCCACACCGUGAUCACGCCGAGGGUGCGCAGCCGCCUGGCCGCCCUCUGGCCCUUCCUAGGCAUUGUGGCCGAAGUGCUGGCGCUGGUCACCAUCAUCUUCAUCUACGAGAAGAAGCAGAAGCCCGAGGAGGUCCUGGAUGAUGACCACGUGGGCUCUGCACCCCGGAAGAGCAGCGGGCAGCACGUGAACGACAAGGGUAAAAAAUUGCGCAGGCGGAACUCCACCUGA